AUGAUGACCAAACUGAACUCACGAUCAGAUCUGCAAGCCAAAGUUAUCGAGUUGUAUCAGCGAGAUCUUGUCAAUCCCUAUGGUGCCAAAGUAGUGGGUGGUCUAUUAAGUGGUGGCGUUGACACAUCUUUUAUUCCGCUCAUUCUUUCUCGAUUCUUCAAUAUUGAAGUCCAAAGUCUUACGCUGAAUUUCGGAGGUAUUCACAAUGAUGGUAUUGCUGAUGAUGCGAGAAACAUUCGUCAGAAUUUAUCGAUGUUAGGUGUAUCCAAUCCGAAAUUCAAAGAUAUGCGCGAAGAACUUGGCGAAUACUUUAUUCCAUUACUCAUGGGUGAUGUGAUCAUUCCAGGUUCGCCAGGUAUCUUUCCAAACUCAUCACUCAGCCGCAUUCUCAUGGUCAAGACUUUGGCACAAGAGUUACCUGAUGCACAAGUCUAUCUGACUGGAUCAGCAAAGAACCAGAACAAUAAUCUGAGAUUCAUGACAGCUGCUUAUGAAUAUCUUGGCAAUAAACCAUUAUGGUCACCAAUUUUCUUUUGGGAAGAAAUAUUCAAACGUCAAGAUUGUCUCGAUGUCAUUCGACUUUGCACUGGUCAAGAUUUGUCAACUCGAUCUGAAAAAGAUGAUCCGUGUGCGAGUGGAGACGAAACAUUUCUGAAAAAAGAAGAAGAAGAUGGCACUCGAAGCCACUUAGAUUAUGAUUUCCCUGUUCAACUAUCGACAAUGCUUCCACCUCGAACAGUGGUGUUGUAUUUCGAAGAAGGUCGACCAGUAGGUAUCGAUGAACAACGAUUGAGUUUUGUGAAACUCGUUGGAGUGUUGAACAAGAUUGGUUUGCAAUAUGGCUUACCUUGGAAAGCCUCUGUCGAAUCACGUCCCACAGGAAAAGGUGAAAUCGAAUGGAAUCUGACACCUGGUGUUGAUGUACUCCGAGAAGCGAUGUGUCGGCUGCGAGCUGCAUCUGUUCCACCUCGAAUGCAUCAAGAACUAUUUCGUUUCAAUGCUCAACUGGCCGAAGAUAUAGUGCGUGGUGGAUUACACAAUACAACAACAGUAGCCUACAUCAAUGUCAUUCGAGAGUUGUGUGCGAAUGUAACUGGAUCAGUAGAAUUAACGUUCUAUCCCGGUUUUGUCCGUGCUAGUCGGCCAAAACCUGACAGACCGGUGACUGUCGCCGAAGCUCCAUGUGGUCAUUUGCUACCUCCGAAAAAUGCAUUGGAUUCGGUUAACGCUCUCAUUGCACACAAUGUAGUUGGACAAGCAUUUCAAACCGAAAAGCAAAUGCGAGAACAUUAUAAUUGA